AUCUUUUAUCCUUAAAUGAUGAAGCGCUUCCUUUCAGCAUAAGCGGGACGACAGAUUUGGUGAUCGCGGAUAAACUCUUUGCUAAAGCUCAUGAUUUGCGUGGUGGACUACAUGUCGGAUUUGAAAUCAAAAAGAAAAUUCAAGACUUUCACAUUUAUCAAGCUAUCGGUGAACUCAAGGUUAUGCAAUGUCCAACAACAUUACAAUAUGCUAUUAAUAUUAUUGAAACCGCAUUUGUUAGUGACGCUAGAAAUGUAAUUGUUGAAGAAUCUGGAAGUAUUCAAGGUGCCACAGUCACCAACCCUGUUGCUAUGCGAAUUAACUUUCGUAACUUUCGAGAUGGUUUGCGAGACAAUUUGCCACAUGAGAACGAGGAGGAGGAUGGGCUAAAGCAGUUUUUUAAUAGACCUAAG